CAUGUAGAAGCACAUAUCCAACGUCAUUGACAAGGUUACCCUCAACGACUCGUCUCUGCAGGUAUCCUGCCGCUACAGGCAAAGUACCCCGCUCCGUACCCAUCAUUCAUGGGACUAUCGCUAAGGAAGGAAGCUCCAUAAUAUACAAAAAGCGACAAUCAUGCUUCUAUUGUCGCUGUUGCUGGACGAUAAUGCGGCGUGACCGGGUAUUGUGGAGGGGCUCGGGUUACGCUGGUGUUCAAUUGUGCUGCGGCAUGGAUGCGAUUGGGUGAUUCAAUCCUGGCGGUAUAAGAAGAACCUGAUCCCCCAGCCAUUCUGGCGGUGCGCGACUCGGCUUGUUCAAUAAGUCUUUUCGUGGCUGUUCUUUCGCUAUCUUGGGUGCAGAACCUGUCGACUCUCGUUGGGUUGGAAAACAUGUUCCACAGAGGCAUCUCAGCAAUUGCAGCACUCAGUGCUUUCUGCGGGGCUGUGCACGGCCAGUUCCCUCCUCCGCUUGAAGGAGUCAAGGUGCUUGAUUCGAAGAUCGAAGAUGGCAUCAAGAUUAGCUACAAAGAGAACGAUCUCUGCGAGACCACAGAAGGCGUGAGGAGCUACUCGGGAUACGUCAAGCUUCCUGCGGGUAGUCUUGAUGAUCUCGGCGUGAGAAAUCAGACAUAUGAGAUCAACACGUUCUUUUGGUUCUUCGAGUCCAGGAAAGAUCCUGAGAAUGCACCAUUGUCCAUCUGGAUGAAUGGCGGGCCUGGAAGUAGUUCAAUGCUUGGUUUGAUGCGCGAGCUUGGCCCUUGCUUCGUUCAUUCCGAUUCCAAUUCGACCUAUCUAAAUGAGUGGUCAUGGAACAAUGAAGUCAACAUGCUCUUCCUCGACCAACCCGUCCAAGUUGGUUUGAGUUACGAUACUCUCACCAAUGUUACUGUUUCGUCGUACACGGGCUCAGAAGGCGUCGAGGUUGCAGACUUCUCAGACGGGGUUCCAGAGCAGAACAACACCUUUUAUGUCGGUACAUACGGAAGCCAAAACCGCAAUUCUACUACCCAGGGCACCGAGAACUCCGCACGAGCUCUCUGGCAUUUUGCUCAAGUCUGGUUUCAAGAGUUCCCGGGAUACAAGCCCAAUGACAACCGGAUUUCCAUCUCCACCGAAUCGUACGGCGGCCGCUAUGGGCCGGCGUUCGCUGCAUACUUCCAAGAGCAGAACGAGCGCAUCUUGAACGGCACCUGGGAUGAGGAGGGCCAAACACAUAUCCUGCAUCUGGACACUCUACUCAUCAUCAACGGAUGCAUUGACCGACUCGUCCAAUGGCCUGGCUAUCCUCAGAUGGCAUACAACAACUCUUACGGCAUUAAGGCCAUCAACGAAUCCAGGUACAAUGAAGUACUAGAGAGUCUCAAUGGCGAGAACGGUUGCUUAGCCCAGAUCGAAGAGUGUCGUAACCUCAGUCUAGUAUACGAUCCCACUAAUCAAGGAUUCAACACUUCCGUCAACAAGGUGUGCCAGGCGGCUGAAACGUUCUGCACCGAAAAUAUCCGAGAUCCAUAUUUCGAUGCUGAUUUGAAUUACUAUGAUGUCUCUGCGCCUUCUGCGGCAUCGUAUCCACCACCCUGGUAUGCUGGGUGGCUGAAUCAGCCACAUGUUCAACAAGGCCUUGGUGUUCCCUUAAAUUGGACCCAAUCGAACUCCGCUGUCUCACAGGCGUUUAGAGGCAUUGGUGAUUACCCGCGCCCGGGAUGGAAGGAAGAUUUGGCGUAUCUGCUAGAUUCCGGCAUCAAGGUCGCACUUGUGUACGGCGACCGAGACUACGCCUGCAAUUGGUACGGUGGUGAGCUCCUCUCCCUAGCCAUCGAGCACGAAUUCUCUGAGGAGUUCCGUGCCUCAGGCUACACAGACGUCGUCGUCAACGGCACCUACGUUGGCGGUCAAGUCCGCCAGUACGGCAAUUUGUCUUUCACGCGUGUCUAUCAAGCUGGUCACGAAGUGCCAGCGUAUCAGCCCGAAACCGCGUUCAAGAUCUUCCAACGAGCGCUGUUCAAUUUCGACAUCGCUACUGGUAAUGUCUCGACCACGGAGAACCCGGACUACUCGACCGAAGGCCCAGAGAAUGUCUUCAACAUCACGAACGAAGCCAUCCCUAUGCCUGGUGCGCAAUGCUACGUCCUCGACAAGGAUCAAUGCACGCCCGAGCAAUGGGAGUCCGUUGAAACCGGUUCCGCAUUGGUAAGGAACUGGAUUGUCGUUGAUGGAAACACAACCUUCCUCUUCCCGGAUUUGAACGGCACAACGGGCAAUGAGACCCAACCGUCUGGAAGCCCAACGGCAUCGUCUCCAGGGCCGUCUGCAACGUCAUCUCAAACGCCUCCUGCGGAACCUAACGCUGCAGCUCUGAGGUUCGGCCCGUCGGGUGGGGCUUCAAGUGCUGUGUUGACGGCUGUGUUGGGAAGUUUAGUCGUCAUGCUUUAA